AUGGCGGCGGCGACAUCCGCGAUGGUGGCGGCGGCGCUCCCGGCCGAAUGGAUCCGCAACUGGGAGAAAUCCGGUCCGCCUGGCAGAGUCGAAGAUUACCGAGACGCCGGCGAACCGGGUGAACCGGGCCUGCCCGGUUUCCCGGGGAAAUUUGGUCCCCGGGGACCCGCCGGUGCCAAAGGUCCUCCAGGGCCUCCCGGUGAGCGGGGCCCGAAAGGGGAGUCCGGGGACGCCAAAGCCUCCCACCGCUCCGCUUUCUCGGCUACGCGGGGUGCCACGUUUACCCCGCGCCGGGCUCAGCCGGUCCGCUUCGACCGGGUCAUCACCAAUGUGGGGAACCACUACAACAACCGCUACGGGCAGUUCACCUGCCAGAUCCCGGGGAUCUACUACUUCACCUACCACGCCACCUCGCGCGGCAACCUCUGUCUUCACUUGAAGAAAGGCCGGGGAAGCGCCAGCGGGGAAAAUGUCGUCACCUUCUGCGACUACGUUCUGAACACCUUCCAGGUGACCACCGGUGGGGUGGUUCUCCGCGUGGCCCAGGGCGAGAUGGUGUGGCUGGAGCCCACGGAGAAGAAUUCCCUGCUGGGGGGCAUCGAAGGCUCCGACAGCAUUUUCUCCGGCUUCCUGCUCUUCCCCGAAUCGAACCUCUGAACGCCGUUACCUCCGUCUCCGGCGCGUCCCUCCUCCCCGAAAGUAUAACGGCGGGGAUCCUACGAGUCGCAAUCCUCCCUGUCUCCUUCCCCCUCUUUGCUUUCGCCCACCCCUCAAAUUAUUGUUUUUCAAGAGGGGUUGGGUGGGAAAUCCCACUCACCGUCGAGAUCUUGGCGAGAUUUGCAAACACAUCAAUAAACCAUCAUUG